UCAACCCUUCCAACAAUUAUAGUUUCAAACAUCACAAUAUCCUAAUUCAGUUAUUAUUAUUAUUAUUAUUAUUAUUAUUAUUAUAUACACCUCAUGUUUGUAUCUAUGGCUGACUCUCCACGUCAUAGUCAACAACGCCACCCUUCUUCACCAACUCCACUGCCGCCGCUAGCUCCGUCUCCGAAGAGGGCUGAGAAAGCCACGAAAACGUGCUCCGCCGCCUCCUCCUCCUCGGGAAAACACCCAAUAUACCGCGGGAUAAGGAGCCGCAGCGGCAAAUGGGUGUCGGAGAUUCGUGAGCCAAGAAAGACUAGGCGUGUGUGGCUCGGCACCUAUCCCUCGCCGGAGAUGGCCGCAGCCGCCUACGACGUCGCGGCACUCGCCCUCAAAGGCGGGGGAGCCGCAUUGAACUUCCCGGAUCAUGCCGCCUCGUUUCCGGUCCCGUAUUCGUCUUCGGCGCAGGAUAUUCGCCGAGCUGCCGCUGCUGCGGCCGAGCUCAUGCGGCCGGAUGAUGAGCGGCGGAGGAGCGAUGAGACGGCGGCUAAUGUGGAAAUGGUGAGGAGCGGCGGCGGCGGGCAUGAUCAGUAUGUGGAUGAGGAGGAGUUAUUUCACAUGCCUAACCUGCUGGUGGAUAUGGCGGAGGGAAUGCUGGUUAGCCCGCCGAGGAUGGCAUCGCCGCCGCCGAAUGAGUGGCCGGAGAUUUUCGGCGGCGAUAGCUUGUGGAACCACUUUUAGCAGUUUUAGUUUAUAUAUAGGAUUAUUGGUUAAAUUAGACUAACCUUCGUGGAUUUUUGGUUU